GAGCCUUUAUCCCCUCCCACAGCUGCUGCAUGGUGUGGUUGGUGUUUGGAUGUGCUCAUUAACUCCAUACUGGCUGUCUGUUGCAGAGAAGACAGACACAAGAUGGACCUCUGUCCUCUGGUCUCCUGGUUUGGUUCUUAAAUGACUGAAGACACACAAGGGAGAAGAUGAUCUGCAGCAUCCUGCUGCUCAUCAUCCUGACCUCCUGUGUCUCUGGAACAUUUGUAGUGAAUGUGACCCAGACCUCCUAUCAGGCAGAGGAGAACCACGACAUCACACUGGAGUGGACCUUCACAACCAACCCUCACAGUUCCUCCAACUCUCUUACUAUCCACUGUAAACUGAUAACUGUCCUCAAAGUAUCAGUCCUGUUUGAUCUCCAUGAAGGAGUUGAGGUCCCAGAGUCUCAGGAUGAACAGUUUGCAGGACGAGUCCAGUGGGACAAAGACGUCCUCAGAGAAGGACGACUCAGACUUCAUGUGUCCAGACUCAGGACUGAAGACUCGGGACUGUAUGUGUGUGACGUGAUCUUAAAUUAUUGGAGUAGCUCUGGUAAAUGUCGGCUCAAUGUCACUGCGAGGGAUCGGCCUGAACCUGAGACACCAAACACAACAAGUCCACCAAACACAACAAGUCCACAACAACAGGAGAGUCAGGGGAGGAGUUACCUCUUAUAUUUACUGUUGGAACUGUUUAGAAUAUCAUUCGGUCCACUGUUGGUUUUUCUCCUGUAUGUUUUGUUUUAUUCUUACUUGUCAUUAAAAAAAAAGAGAAAUCAAUAUCCCUACUUAAAGAAAAGAUACAGGUCAGCAGGGGCUGUUAGAAUCCAAUUUUAUACCACAGGAAAUCCUAGUUCCCCAUUUGCUUGCAUGUUACAAUUUGAUUAAUCUGAAACACAUCUUUCCUUUAUAUUCUUUAGUCAGUGACCGUGAUUCAUAUUACACAACUGAUAGACAAU